AUAUAAAUAAUAAAAUAAAAUAAAAAUAAUUGUAAAAAUUAAACUCACGUCUUCUUCAGUUCUUCUUUCACAUUUUUUGACACACCUUUACAAUAUUCUUCCCCUAAUUCUUGCUUCCCUGUUUAUCUUCAAAAUUCAUCUUCCUCAAUCAGGUUCGAAUAUGUGACGAAUUCCUAGAAAUUUUUAGUUAUAUCAAAAUGGACGAUGAAAAAGGUCUUGAUCUGAGCUUGGGUUUACCUUGUGGUGGGAAUAGCUCGUCACAUAAAGGCAAGUACAGCAGCUCAUCCGAUAUUAAAUCGGACGACGGUCAUGAUAGAGGCAGCAAAUUAAUCAACGACUUCAAGAACUUUCUAGAAGGUGGAAGCCAACAGCACCCUCUAAAUAUCGGCGAGAACUUCUACAACAGCUUCCCCAAUUCUUCUGUGGAUCCGGAAGCUUCCAAGAACUCCAACACCGGAGGAAAAAUAUGGCCGACAAACGAAAUCGAAGAGAAAAGAUCGAGCAUCGGUGAAAAACGCAAAAACAACUCGGUGACCGAGACAAGUCAACAGAAGAGGCAGGAGAGAGAAACUAACCGCACCGAGUCAACGGAUAAGACGAAGGUGUCGCAUAUUUCCAUAACCACAGACGAGGGGUCCACCGCGGAGAACGAUGACGUGGCGGAUUCGGAAAUGGACGGCUCCACUUCGAGGCUAAAAGGUGUGGAGGUUUUAGGACAGAAGAAUAGGUUUACCGUUUCUUCGGAGAAGGAAUUUAAUGUGAUGCCUUAUGGUGCUUCCUUUCCAUCUCAACCGUUGAAUAUGAUGAACAUGUCUUAUUCACAACCGCCUCAUAGCAUGAUGAUGCAUGCUAUGGGUUCGACCAAUGGUGAACGGACAGCUGUCCAGCCGGCUAAUUUUCCAUUAAUGUUUGGGUACUCUCCUGUCCAGCUUCCGGCUUUGGAUAGGGAUAAUUCUCGGGGCGUUGUUUCUCAUCAUCAGCAGAUUCAUCCGGUAUAUCCCGGAAGGAACUCUGUUAAUCCAGACACCCACAAUGACAUUCGGAAGCUAAAUCAAGUGAUUUCGCACAAGCCAACCGAAUCUCCAGCUAAUGGAAAAGGCUACGGAAAACAACAAGUCGGUGAAGAAGGAGGCUCCUCGUCUCAGACAGAAGGGGAUCCAAAAGUCAACCAUCAAGUCAAAGAUGCUGCUGCUGCGCCAGAUCAGCCUAGAGCAGAAUCUGCAACUCCUUCUGAAUUUCCUGCUAUAAGACCUGGUAUUGCAGCCGACCUCAAAUUCGGAGGUAGUGGGUCCUACCCUAACCUACCGUGGGUGUCCACCACUGGAUCGGGCCCCACAGGUAGGACGAUAUCUGGUGUUACAUACAGGUACAGCCCGACUCAGGUAAGAAUUGUGUGUGCUUGCCAUGGCUCUCACAUGUCUCCAGAUGAAUUCGUUCGCCAUGCUGGCGAAGAUAAUAAUGCGCCCGAUGGUUUGGAUGCUUCGUUUCCGACUGGCAAUCCUGCUGCCUCGGCUCAAACCUGAUUUUGGAAAAUUUAACGGUUUUUUAAAAAAAAUAUUAGUUAUUUUGUUUUCGGUUUUUUGGCGAAUAAAUUUUGGCGUCUCGUGCAAUUGAGAAUGCUGUAGUGUCCUGCGCGUCUGUUGUAUGUUGUAUAUCUGAGUUUGUUGGUUCUUGGUUUUGUUUCUUUGUUACUUAUAUAGCUUGUAAGGUAAAAAGCGUAUUGUCGUAAUGUUACUUUCGUUGGUCUCGUU